UAAGCUCUUAUUUAUUAUCUGUUUUGUUUUGUUGACAUCGGGGAUAUGAAGAGUUUUUGUGUUGUGAAUUAUUACAGGAAAUUCUUAAGAAAUGCACAAAUACGAAGAUAUUGUAGUGCGGAAGAAAGAAAAGAAAAAAACAACAGUUCCAAAAUUCGAAAUAUCGGUAUAUUGGCACAUAUAGAUGCAGGUAAAACUACAACAACUGAGCGAAUGCUGUUCUACUCGGGUACCAUCAGGUCUAUGGGAGAAGUACACCAUGGAAAUACCGUCACUGAUUAUAUGGAACAGGAAAGGCAAAGAGGAAUCACUAUUACUUGUGCAGCUGUGUCAUUUCCAUGGAAAGGUUACCAGAUUAACCUGAUUGAUACACCCGGCCAUAUUGACUUCACAAUGGAAGUGGAACAGAGUCUUGCUGUGUUAGAUGGUGCCGUUGUUGUAUUGGAUGGAUCUGCUGGCGUAGAAGCCCAAACCCUGACGGUGUGGCGCCAGGCCGACACGUACAGAGUGCCGCGCGUGCUGUACCUCAACAAGCUGGACCGCAGCGACGCCGACGUCGCCGCCUGCGCCCGCUCCGUGCAGGACAAGCUGCAGGUCACGCCGCUCGUGCUGCACUCGCCGGUGCAGUACGAGGGAAAGCUUAUCGGUUUAAUAGAUCUCAUCACUCUGGAAGAAGUAAUUUGGACACAUGGUCGAGGGCAGAACUUGACACGGCGUAAACUCACGGAAAAAUCCGAUGGAAAAGUUUGGGAAACAUCCCUUAAUGAACAUAGGAAAGUAGUAGACACGCUCUCGUCUCUCGACGAUCAGCUAGCAGAGACAAUAAUCCAGCAGGAAUCUUUGGAUAACAUAAAUAGUAUUGAAAUCGCGCAGGCUGUCAGGAGAUGUACAAUAGAUAUGAAGGCCUUUCCUAUUUUAUGUGGGAGUUCAUACAAAAACAUUGGAGUUCAAACACUGAUGGAUGGCGUUGUAUCUUAUCUCCCUUCGCCCUUCGAAGGAAACCACAUAUACAAGAGUUUUGAAAAAGAUUUAUCCGCGAGAGUGUUUAAAGUACAGCAUGACGAUCAGAGAGGCGUUCUGACAUUCCUGAGGCUUUACAGUGGAGAGAUAAAUAAGGGCCAGAAGAUUUAUAAUUUAGCGAGGGACAAGAGUGAACAGACAGGUCUCCUGUACGUGGCUUUGGCAGAUGACUACCAGCCGGCGGAGAAGGUCACGGGUGGGAAUAUAGCUGUGGUCAGCGCGCUUAAGGCAACGAUGUCCGGUGAUCUCAUCACAUCUACCCAAGCCGCAGCAAACCGAGCCAAGGACAGGCUCUCCACGAUGUUAAAAGACCCAGUCGUUAAGGAGGAACUAAUGAUGCCCAGCGCUCGGCUGCGACUUCAGGCCAUGGACACGGAACCGACAACUAUAGAGAUUGCUGAAGAGUUGCUGGGUAUAGGUGCUACGGUUCCGGAGGCCGUGUUCCUGUGCAGCGUGGAGCCGCCCAGCUCAGCGCUGCAGCCGGCGCUGGAGACGGCGCUGGCGGAGCUGGCGCGCGAGGACCCCAGUCUGCGCGUCUCCGUCGACGACGACCAGGGGCAGAUAGUGCUGGCCGGUAUGGGCGAACUUCAUUUAGAAAUAAUAAAGGAACGUAUUAUACGUGAAUACAAGAUCGAUGUGGAGCUAGGCCCCCCUCAGAUCUCUUACAAAGAGUCGCUGGUGGGCACCGCUCAGCAUACGCUGGUCGUGGACCGGAAGAUUGGCAACGCCCGUCAGCAGGUCAAGGUCACCAUGUCAGCGAAACAUCUAAAGGCAGUCACUCCGGAUAAAGUGCUCAAGUUGGACCGCACGGCGGAGAGCGCGGCGCAGCUGUCGCAGGUGUGGCCGCGGCACCAGCAGGCGGUGCGGCGCGGGGUGGCGGCGGCCUUGCUGCGCGGGCCCAGACUCGCCUGUCCCUUGGUGGACGUGCAGGUGACGCUGCACUGGCUGGAGGUGUCCCGCGGGUCGGCAGACGCCGCCGUCACGGCCGCCGUCGCGCAGUGUCUCCGGAAGGUGUUCACGGAUGCGGAGUCGGUGUUGCUGGAGCCUGUGAUGCUGCUGGAGCUGGUGGUGCCCGACUCGCACUCUUCGCGGCUGCUAUCUGACCUCGCCCGACGACGGGCUGAGGUGCAGCACAUACACCUACGGCACGGGAACAAGGUGAUACAGUGCUUGGCGCCGCUGUCCGAGCUGCUCGGGUACUCCACGACAGUCAGGUCGCUGUCCUCGGGCCUGGCCACCUUCACCAUGGAGUUCCACUCCAACCGACAGAUGUCGCCCCGGGACGAAGAGAAAGCCAUACGAAAUGUCACCGGAUUUUAAUAAAAACUUCUCAAUUCAUUCGGAAUGAAGUAGUGCAAAUUUUUAAUAAAUCGUUUAAUAGAAUGUCCGAACUAUCGUCGUUUGAGCGAAUUGUUUUUAAAUUCAAAACGGUAUAAUGUUUUAGUCCAUAAAAUAUAGGUCGAUUAGGAAGAAAAAAUUAAUGAUUAAUUUAGUGGACCCAAAUCAAUAUUUACAUAGUGUAAAAUAUUUACUGCACAUAUUGAUUUGAUCGGUCCUCUCCCAACACUAGUAAAACUGGUCAGACAGCUGUCAUUCUAAUCAAGCUAUAUUGUAAUGAC